UGGCCUCUGCACUGACCCUCAGACAAAGGGCAUGUGGUAUGGGACCUGCGGUGGUGAUUUCAACAGACAACACCAUGAACAAGCGAUGUAAGCAUUAGUGCAUCCGAUACCUACAUUUACCACUUAACGUGCAAUUGUUACUCCAUUUCAAGCUGGAGGAAGCUAAGAGGAAGCAAUUUACCACUGGGGUUGGAAUUAAGGUCUGUACAGUGUCACAUCACAAGCUUUGGCGCUUAAAGCUCAAGAGAUGGCUGCCCAGUGUGUGAUGAAGGUGGAGCUGAAUAUUUCCUGUGACAAUCUUCUGGAUAAAGACAUAGGGUCAAAGUCUGACCCAUUGUGCGUGUUAUUCUUGAAUACAAGUGGUCAGCAGUGGUAUGAGGUUGAGCGCACAGAAAGGAUUAAGAAUUGCUUGAAUCCCGCAUUUUCCAAGACAUUUAUUAUUGAUUAUUACUUUGAAGUGGUUCAGAAACUGAAAUUUGGGAUUUAUGACAUUGAUAACAAAACAAUCGAGCUGAAUGAUGAUGACUUCUUAGGAGAAUGUGAAUGUACCCUUGGACAAAUUGUUUCCAGUAAGAAGUUGACUCGACCACUGGUGCUUAAAAGUGGCAGACCUGCGGGUAAAGGCAGCAUCACGAUUUCAGCAGAAGAAAUAAAGGAUAACAGAGUGGUCUUGUUUGAAAUGGAAGCAAGAAAACUGGACAAUAAGGAUCUAUUUGGAAAGUCAGAUCCAUACCUGGAAUUCCACAAGCAGACAUCUGAUGGAAACUGGCUCAUGAUUCAUCGAACAGAGGUUAUUAAAAACAACUUGAAUCCUGUUUGGAGACCUUUUAAAAUCUCUCUUAACUCACUGUGCUACGGAGAUAUGGAUAAAACUAUUAAGGUAGAGUGCUAUGAUUAUGAUAAUGAUGGGUCACAUGAUCUCAUUGGAACAUUUCAAACCACCAUGACCAAACUGAAAGAGGCCUCCAGGAACUCACCCAUUGAAUUUGAAUGCAUAAAUGAAAAAAAGAGACAGAAGAAAAAGAGCUACAAGAAUUCAGGUGUCAUCAGUGUGAAGCAGUGUGAGAUUACAGUGGAAUGCACAUUCCUUGACUAUAUUAUGGGAGGAUGUCAGCUGAAUUUUACUGUGGGGGUAGACUUCACUGGCUCCAAUGGUGACCCACGGUCUCCUGACUCCCUUCAUUACAUCAGCCCCAGCGGUGUGAAUGAGUACUUGACCGCUAUCUGGUCUGUGGGACUGGUCAUUCAGGAUUAUGAUGCUGAUAAGAUGUUUCCAGCUUUUGGCUUUGGAGCCCAAAUACCUCCUCAGUGGCAGGUUUCGCAUGAAUUUCCCAUGAACUUUAAUCCAUCCAACCCCUACUGUAAUGGGAUCCAAGGCAUCGUGGAGACUUACCGGGCAUGCCUUCCUCAGAUAAAACUCUAUGGACCCACAAAUUUCUCCCCAAUCAUCAACCACGUGGCCAGGUUUGCUGCUGCAGCUACACAACAGCAGACAGCUUCACAAUAUUUUGUGCUCCUGAUCAUCACGGAUGGUGUGAUCACAGACCUGGAUGAGACCAGGCAAGCUAUCGUCAAUGCUGCCAAGCUGCCCAUGUCCAUCAUCAUCGUAGGAGUGGGCAGUGCUGACUUCAGUGCCAUGGAGUUUUUGGAUGGUGACACUGGGAGUCUGCGUUCCCCAUCAGGCGAGGCUGCCAUCAGAGACAUUGUCCAGUUUGUGCCUUUCAGACAGUUCCAGAGCGCUCCCAAAGAGGCGCUGGCUCAAUGUGUCUUGGCGGAGAUCCCCCAGCAGGUUGUGGGCUACUUCAACACGUACAAGCUCCUUCCUCCCAAGAACCCUGCUACUGCCACUAAGUGAAAUCUCUCCUGCCUCCCCCGAUUAUGGACAUGAUGUCACAUACUUUCAAACCAUCAUUUAGGAUGUGAACCUAGUUCUCUGUGUAUUCUAUUUACUUAAAGCAUUCUUUUAAUUCUUUUUUUGGAGGAAAAGUGCUAAUUUAAUAUUUGCCCAAUCAAUUCAGUGGUUGCUUGUGACUUCUAGUAAUUAUAGUCAGGCUGUUUGGAUUAGACACUCAUGUGAGAAAAGCCAAUUUUGUUGUUAUAAUUGUUUACUUUCAUAGGGUGAAAAUGCCAUUUUGAAUGUUUGUCAAUAGAAAAAAUGAAAACCUGUUGGGAUGGUACAGUCUCAGGUUGCUGUGCUUUGUGUGUCACAAGACCAUGUCCAUCUUGGUGACAAGACUUCUCAAAGGAGAUGACACUGGAUUUGUUCAGUGCUUUUCCAGAGGCUACAAGUGCCCCCGCCUGUAUCUGAGUUUGUGGCAGGGUAGACAUGAUCCAGUUCAUGGUCUAGUUCACAGUGCAGCAGCAGCCACCAGGACUUUCUGCAGAGUGCUGAAUGACAAGGCACGUAUCUGGUCUUUAUAACACAGUCAGCGACCUCAUUCUCAUAUAAGUAGCCAUCCAUGUUUGCCGCUCAGUCCUUUUGAUGCAUGCAGAACACUGUCCAUGAGGUCCAUGAGCUCAGGGUCUGCACCUGCAGGCAAUAGCUUGUCCUAGAAUCUCCAUUACUAGAGCAUUUUCACUGGUUUGUUUUGUAAUGGCUAAGGUUGCUUUGUCCAGGAAAACUAUGAGGACUAAACCAGAAUUCUAUUUCCUUUUCACUUAAGAAAGACUAUGCUUAUUAAGAAAGGACAGUUUUAUACUUUGCUUGCUAAGGUCCCAUAUGUUGGUUUGUACAUAAUCAUUUAGAUAUUUUCUCAUUUUUUUAAGUAACAUUUUUAAUCUAAUUUUUAAACUCAUGAUAAUGGUUAUUAAUGAAUCAAAAUUAUACUUUCCAUUUUAAUAAUAUGCUAUUUCCUAAGCCCAGAAUGCACUGUAUUAAGCAUAAAACCUGCCAUGAUCAGUGUGGCUCAGUUGGAACAUCGUCCCAUAAACUGAAAGGUUGCUGAUUCCAUUUCUGGUCAGGGCACAUGUUUGGGUUGUGGGUUCGGUUCCCAGUUGGGGCAUGUGCAAGAGAAAAUCAAUCAGUAUUUCUUUCUCACAUCAAUGUUUCUCUCCCUCACGUCCUCCCUCCCUUCCCUUCUCUCUAAAAAUAAAUGAAUAAAAUCUUUUUUAAAAAGGAAGAAAACAUUUUAAAAAGCAUAAAACCUGUUAUAACUUUUAAAAAAUCCAACUUCUGCCUUAAGAUAGAGUGCAUUUUACAUGCUUUUUCUCCCUGAUUUUUACCCUUUAGAACAUAUUACUAAGCAAACAUUUUCUCAUCAGAAUAGAUUCAGCAAUGGUUAUUGAGGACUCUUGUGCCAAGUACUGGCAUAUCUAUAUAUUGGCCAUUCAACAUUAAAAACUUCAUAUUGAUCACAAAUCCUCAAGUGGAUGCAUCCAGUGCUAUGCUAAUAUGCCAUUCAGUCCUGAAACUUGCACCAAAGUUUGUAUCUCUUAUUCUGUGAAAUGUCUGGUUCUUCCAAGUUGGGAGCCUUUCUUGUCCUGUGUUCUAAUUUUAUUUGGCUUGGAUGCAACACAUGUAUAUUGCUGUGGUUUUCAGAAUUUUGAUUUUUAAACACACUCCCAAGACCCUCCUUACCGGCUUAAUGCUAACCAGCCCUGCAGCACUGGGUGUGACUCGUCAUCAAUUCACUGCCCAGAUCACAGUACUUCUGACACCACUGUCCAACUGAUUUUGAUCUUCACAAUGUCAUAUUCUGGUUUUAACCAGAAUUAUUUCCUUUUUAAAAUUAUUUAUUAAUUUUUGAUCAGAUUCAUCAAUAGAUGUUGUUUCUCCUAAGAACUAUGGUUCUGGCAAAUUAGAGUAAUGGAUACCCUACUCUUGCAGUUUGGAAUAAAAGCAGUUACAAUUUGUAAGUUAUUUUAUAAAGUCUGUACAAUCCCUACAUUUCACCUCAUUGUGUGUGAUUUACUGGUAUUUUAUAUUAAAAUAGCCCUGUUGUGCUACCAUUCAUUCAAGUGCCAUUAGUUCAUAAAGUACAUUUAAAGAAACAAUAACUAGAUAGGUUACAAGCAUAUGCUGGAGCAGUGGUGCCCUGGGUGGAUGCACUAUUUCUCACACAUGCCUAUACAGCGAGGACAAUAUACCAAUCAGCAUAGUCAGGUCACAAAGGCGUAGAGUUGGGUCCAAAGCUUACACCAGUCUGCUGUCUCUGAGCAGGUUCAGGGCCCACUGCUGAGUAUGCCUCAUCCUCAUGCUUUGCCUUGUUUGUGUAUUUUUCGGAAAGUCAUCUUGGUCAAUCUCUCCAUGUAUGCAGUUGACAGUCAUGGAAGUGACACAUAAGCAAGACAUCUGGCUGUGAUUGCCAGACUGUUUCAUGCUUUUUGGAUAUCAUCCUUGACAAUAAGCAUAUAAGUUACAGAGUCUGGCAGAAGGCCGGCCUUCUUGAGUGUGGUUGGUAGGGUAAUAAUAUGGGUGUAACAAUUUAUAGUUUUAAUUUGAACAUUUCGCCUAAAAUGUCAUAUGGUGUGCUUGAAUGUGGUAUUGUUACAGAACUACAUGCUUAUGAUUUUGUAAUAAAACAGUUUGUAAUGAAAUAAGGGUGUUAUUUGUGCUGGACUCUGUCUAUUAGUUGAUGUUAAGUAUAACUUCCAACUGAAUUCCCUUUGAAUAAAGAUAUUUCUUGAUGUGCUACAAUAGUGCCUUGUUUUAAUUUUUAUUCUUUUCUACAUGUUAUCAAAACCAGUAGAAAAGUUAGAAAUAAAGUGAAUAUAGUAUGUUAAGUGGCCUGUGUUCCAUAUUUUACUGAAUUAAAGAGUUUGGGUGAUGUUAA